GCCGCUACCUACCCAUUCGAGGUCGCUUAGGUUUCCUGCCGGUCUGAGUCAGCCCGAUUGUACUAGUAUAUUUUUUAUCUUGGGGGGAAAAAUUCAACAAUGGGAACGCGCGAUGAUGAAUACGAUUACUUAUUCAAAGUGGUGCUGAUUGGGGACUCUGGUGUUGGGAAGAGUAAUCUGCUCUCUCGCUUCACUCGCAAUGAGUUCAACCUGGAGAGCAAAAGCACCAUCGGAGUGGAGUUUGCCACACGCAGCAUCCAGGUGGACAGCAAGACAAUAAAGGCUCAGAUCUGGGACACAGCAGGACAAGAGCGCUACAGGGCCAUCACGUCAGCGUAUUACCGGGGCGCAGUGGGCGCUCUGCUGGUGUAUGACAUCGCCAAGCACCUGACCUACGAAAAUGUGGAGCGCUGGCUGAAGGAGCUGAGGGACCACGCCGACAACAACAUCGUCAUCAUGCUGGUGGGCAACAAGAGUGACCUGCGCCACCUGAGGGCCGUGCCCACUGAUGAGGCCCGGGCCUUCUCAGAGAAAAACACCCUCUCUUUCAUUGAAACAUCGGCCUUGGACUCAACAAAUGUGGAAGAGGCUUUCAAGAACAUUCUAACAGAAAUCUACCGGAUUGUGUCACAGAAACAGAUAGCUGACAGAUCUGCACACGAUGAGUCUCCAGGCAACAACGUAGUGGACAUCAGUGUGCCCCCCACCACCGACGGGCAGAAAGGCAACAAACUGCAGUGCUGUCAGAACCUGUGACACCUCUCUAACCCUCCACACAUCCCCAUAUACAUACACAUUCACACACACACACACACUCACAACACACACACACACACCGAGCCCUCACCUUGCACAUCUUUCCUACACUCGUCAUCUGCGCUUUGCCCCUGUAUUCUGUCUUGCUGCUGUUUCUCUUUUGACCUCCUUGUCAUUUCCACGGAAUUCUAGAAAGUCUCUGAGAAGUCUUGAUUUCUAGAUAACAUUCCUUCUGUGUGUGUGUCUUUCUCUGACCUUUUUUUUUUUUUUUUUUUUUUUUUUCUUCCUGUCCUUUCUCUGCUGUGCUAACUUCAGAGCUCGGUCUUAACCAGCUGAGCAUUAGCAGUUGGUUUCUAGCCACUGAUCAUGUGACCCGCUCCUGCUGAUGGAAUGGUGAGAGAUCAGUCUGACCCGAGCUUUCAGCCCCUCCGGGUGUUUCCUAGGCAUCCCUGUACAAGCGUGUGGUGUACAAUAAGCAAACGUCUUUGGGAUUUGAGUCAUUUGACUGACCAGUGGUUCCAUGGAAGUGCUGGUGAAAGAAUUUGUAGGGCCUAGAUUGUAGAGAAACCAAAGGAGGGCUGCAAUCAUUUUGAUUGUUUGUUUAUUUGUUUGUUUUGGUAUCAUUUCUCUCCUCGGAAAGGCAACAUUUCAAAAUGGCACGUGUUUUUGUGUCCGUUGUGUAUUAAUACUUGCCACUGGGAGGGUUACUACUGAUUCCUUGGGUUUCAGGACAUGUUCAUGGAUUGAAAAUGCAGACUCAACGCCUGGGAAUCCAGCAUGUAUACGUAACUCCACGGUCAAUCAUUUCAAGAAAACAUCAUCAAUCAAACUACUAAUUAUAAUUUAAAGAAAGGAAAAAACUCUAACCAGUACACGACAACACAAAGGGUGGUGUUGAAAUACCUGUUUACAGUGGAUUAAGUGAAAUUGUAUAACAUCCUUAAGAACAGAUUUUGCAUUGAUGGUUGGUUUGAAAAUGCCUUAUGUUUCUCCAUACUGUCAACAUGCCUUUUUGAAGUGUGGGUAUAUGUAACUCUUAUGCAUCAUCAUACAUCACUCAGUUCUGUUCAUUUGCCUUUUAUCAAGUAAUGUGGAAAUAAAAAUAAACCAAAUCUGUGUCAAA